UGCAGGGUACAUGUCACCUCUGUAUAGUGAGGAGCCUGGUCUGCUGAUACCUCGAAUAGGCCUCGUCUCAUGCAGAGAUGUUUCUACGGCUGCGGAGUCUUCUUCUCUACUCAUUAUCCUUGUCUGUGUUUGGGCUUUUCAUCUACUUUAACAAAGAACCUAAAAAAAACCCAGUGCCUGUUACCGCUGACAAGAGGAACGUACAAAAGAAAGAAUUUAUCUUCUGGGCUACUCCAAAGACAAAACCCAUCCAAUGCCAUCCAAAUAGAUCCACCCUCAACAUCUCUUCAUCCUUCCCAGAACCUCAUCGCUUGUUCUUAAUGUACAAACACUGUCGAAACUUUUCAACACUGCUCAACCCCAAGGAAUGUGAGAAAGAUACCUUCUUAUUGUUGGCCAUCAAGUCUCUUCCGAUCAAUAUAGACAGACGGAUUGCCAUUAGAAAUACCUGGGGGAAAAAUCAGGACUUUCUGAACAAUAAAAUUAAGCUGGUGUUCUUGCUCGGGAAGACAGAAGCCAGCAUUCCAGCUCAGUCACUGGACCAGUUGCUUUCUUAUGAGCACAAGGAGUUUAAUGACAUUGUCCAGUGGGAUUUUAUUGACCAUUUUUUUAACCUCACACUCAAGGAACUCCAUUUUUUGAGGUGGUUCACCAAUAGCUGUUCCCAUGCCAACUUUGUCCUGAAGGGUGAUGAUGAUGUCUUCAUUAAUACAUACAACAUUUUGGAGUUUCUUGAUGAAAUGGAUCCUGAGGGUGACCUUUUUGUUGGAGAUGUAAUCAGCAAGGCCAUCCCUAUUAGGAACACAAGGGUGAAAUACUUUAUUCCUAAUGAAAUGUACAAUGAGAGUCACUACCCUUUGUAUGCAGGUGGAGGUGGCUAUUUAAUGUCCAGAAGGACUACACAACAUCUUCUUGCAACAGCUGAAACCACUGAACUGUUUCCGAUUGAUGAUGUAUUUGUUGGGAUGUGCCUUAAAAAAAUGAAUGUAACGCCACAGUUUCAUGCAGGGUUCAAAACAUUUGGCAUCCGCAAACCAGCCAACCCAUUGGACCCUUGUCUUUAUAAAGGGCUAAUGGUAGUGCACAAACUGAACCCUACAGAGAUGUGGAUCAUGUGGUCUUUGGUGACCGACAGUGGGAUGCAAUGCGCACAGUCAAAGAAAACGUUAUAAUAACAUACAGAUGUAUAUUUUCUUUUAUUAUAGGUAAUGGGUUAGG